UAUAUAUAUAUUUUUUUUAAAUGAAAACAAAAACAGAAAAAGGAAGAGUUAGAAUUUGCUUUCUCUUUCUCGAUCCCUCUCUCUCAAAAUCGCUGUUCCUCUCUCACCCACCGCCACCGGCCGCCGCUCUCAAUCCCUCUCUCACUGCUCUCAAUCUCUCUCCCUCACCUCGCCGUAACGCCGUUCAAUCUUCCGCCGCAGCCGCACCACUGCUCAGCUCACCGCGCCGCACCACACCGCACCGCACUCACUCUUUCUCUUCGUCUCGUUUCAGAAACAACUUUGUCUUUUAAAUAUUAUUGUAUCUAGAAAUUUGGUUGAUAAAAUUCCCUCCAAAAUUUUGCCUAGGCUCUCUAAUAUUACUGGAAUCGCCACUGGAUAUAGGGUUACUAAUCACCGAGCUACAAUCACCGCCUCCGCAGUAGCUCUCAACAAUGGACAACAAACUCGAACACAAACCCUUACCUGAUGAUAGUGAAACUCAACACAAACAACAACAAGAAGAAGAAGAAGAAGAAGAAGAAGACUCAGAGUCGUAUUCUUCGGAUUCAGAAAUCGACGAUGCUUUGGAUUGGUUGGAUUCAAGAAAUGAUGACGAAUAUGAAUCCAUUAAUGGGUCUUCGCUUAAUUCGUGGCGCCCUAAUGCUCAUGGUGGUCACCAUUCUCAUUCUUCUACCCUCCAACCUCUCUCCAAUCGGAAUCAAAGAUUCUCUCACCAUAUUCGUGCUUCUCCAUUGGACGAGUGGGAAGGUAGAAUGAAUAUUGCCAUGUCUAACACCGUCACAACAGCCAUUCGCGGAAGUGUCCGAGACAUGGCCAUUGGUAAAACUAAAACUACUGAGAAAGCUGACCGAGCCACCGUUGAGCAAGCAAUUGAUCCAAGAACACGCAUGGUUUUAUUCAAGAUGCUCAACAGAGGUGUGUUUCAAGAUAUGAAUGGAUGCAUUUCAACUGGAAAGGAAGCAAAUGUUUAUCAUGCCACCAAAUCCAAUGGUCAAGAACUUGCAAUUAAAAUAUACAAAACGUCGAUUCUCGUGUUUAAGGAUAGAGAUAGAUAUGUGCAAGGAGAUUACCGGUUUAGAAAUGGGUACUGCAAGCAUAAUCCCAGAAAAAUGGUUAAAACAUGGGCAGAAAAGGAAAUGAGGAAUCUUAUGAGGCUAAAGGCAGAAGGAAUUAGGUGCCCUACUCCACAACUUCUGAGGCUACAUAUCCUGGUUAUGGAAUUUAUUGGAAAGGAUGGUUGGGCCGCUCCACGUCUCAAAGAUGCAGAUUUAUCUUUAGACAAGUUACGGGAAGGCUAUGUUGAGAUAAUUGUUGCAAUGCGGACAUUAUAUCAGAAGUGCAAAUUGGUGCAUGGUGACCUCAGUGAAUAUAAUAUACUUUAUUAUGAGGGUCACUUGUAUAUUAUUGAUGUUUCUCAAGCGGUUGACCCUGACCAUCCUCAUGCUCUUGAUUUUCUGCGUGAAGAUAUUAUUCAUGUAACGGAUUUCUUUAAAAAAAAUGGUGUAGGUGUCAUGACAUUAAGAGAACUGUUUGAUUUUAUUGUUGAUGCAUCGAUUGCUGAUGAUGAUGUGGAUAGUUAUUUGGAAAAGGUGCAACAAAAAAUUCUGGCUAGAGGAGAUGUAACUGCAGAGGAUGAGAUUGCAGACUUGGUAUUUGCGCAGUCAUACAUUCCAAAGACACUAGAUGAUGUUAAGAAUGCUGAGGAGGAUGUGCAACGUAUAACAAGUGGGAAAGACACUGAAGGUUUAUAUUAUCAGACGAUUACUGGACUUAAACACGCUCUCACAAUAACCGAACCUUCCCUGCAAAAUGACCAGCAAAAGCAGAUAUCAAAUACUACAGAAGAUUCACUUGUCAUCUCUGACGGUAAACCCAACCACUUAGAAAAUGAUGCCGAGUAUCAAUCCGGCGAGGACGAAGAUAAUGAAAGUGACUAUGAAGAGAUUUCGUUUUCUGAAAGUGAUCCAGAUACUCCUCUUGAUAAGAAAUUGGCUAAGAAAGAAGCUAGAAAAGAAAAUAAAAAGAAGGUGAAAGAGGAGAAAAGAGAAUCAAGGAAAACCAAAGUCCCCAAGGCUGUGAAGAAAAGAAAGAAAAAAUUGUCUAAAGCCCACAAGACAAGAUAGACAGAAGUUAUUUGUAAUGGUUAUAUGAGUGUAGGUUUUGAAUUUUUAGAUAAAAGUUAUUUUACAGCAAAUGAAAUGAAAAAAAUUAGUAAGUUUGUUUUCUUAGCAUAUAUGAGAUAUUAGAAUUAAUUUUAUGAAUCUUUCAAUUUUGUUGUGGAUGUUUAGUUUCUACAUAUGCAAAAUGGAUUUUCACUAUUGAUUGUUAAUUAUUGUUAUUAUUAU